CGCGUCUUCCAGGAGGCGGUGCGCAAGGGCAACACGGCGGAGCUGCACGCGCUGCUGCAGAACAUGAGCAGCUGCGAGUUCAACGUGAACUCCUUCGGCCCCGAGGGCCAGACGGCGCUGCACCAGUCGGUGAUCGACGGCAACCUGGAGCUGGUCAAGCUGCUGGUCAAGUUCGGCGCGGACAUCCGCCUGGCCAACCGCGACGGCUGGAGCGCGCUGCAC